ACCCUUUUCUGUUCAUAAUCACAUGAAUUAAUUAACUUUUGCUAUUUGCACCACCACUUCCUAAAAACUCGGAACUCCGACACAGUUAUAGUACUAUUUAUUCUCCGAAAAAACCCCCCAAAACCCUCUUCCUGAGACAAAAACAUUAAACAUGAGCAGCAGCACUUUCAUGAAGAGCCGUUCUAAGGUUUCUGAUUUCAUGAUGAUGCAGAAACAAUUAAUGUUCGCAAACAAUUCCACCAUUAAUCAAAUCAAACUUCACUCUCUUCUCUCUAACAAACAACACUCAAAACCUUACUUUCGAUUACCACAUUUCUUCACCAAAAAUACAACAACCACACAACAAUAUCAAAUUAUUCCUCCACCUUCUUUGUUUUCUUCAUCGUUUUGUUCUUCUUCUUCUUCUUCUUCAACUGCUUCUGUUUCCAAACUUCGUUUUGUUGGUUGGUAUUUGGGGAUGAUUAAGUCACACCCUAUUCUCACUAAAAGUGUUACUUCUGCUCUCAUUUAUACCGCUGCUGAUUUAUCCUCUCAGACUAUUGAGUGGCAAUCUUCAAAAUCCCUUGAUUUUAUAAGGACUUUACGCAUGGCGGGAUAUGGGAUGAUCAUUUUAGGACCAACACUGCAUUUCUGGUUCAAUUUUGUGUCAAAGCUUUUCCCAGGGAGGGAUCUUUUCUCUACAUUGAAGAAAAUGGUCAUGGGCCAGUCGAUUUAUGGACCUGCCAUGACUGUUAUUUUCUUCUCCUUGAAUGCAGCUUUGCAAGGUGAAAACGACAAAGAGAUUGUUGCACGUUUAAAGCGUGAUCUUGUUCCUACACUGUUAAAUGGAGUCAUGUAUUGGCCUAUAUGUGAUUUUAUUACUUUUAGAUUCAUCCCAGUUCAUUUGCAGCCAUUAGUCAGCAAUUCAUUUUCGUACUUGUGGACCAUUUACAUGACCUACAUGGCGAGUCUAGAGAAAGCCGAGACAGAUAGCUGAUCACCAUCGACAUUACCAAGAUUUGGACUAACUUAAGUCUAUAGAGUUUAUCUGGAAGCUACGUAUAGAAUCAAAUCUUUUGGGUGUCUGCAGAGAAUUCUGAUCUCACACCAUGGCUAUACCACUAAUUAGGACACUUGGUUGAAACCUUUUUAUUUUUAACUUAUAUUAUUCCUCAUUUGUAUUGUUUGUUUCUUAUAUUAAUGGACCAAUUCAUAGAACAAAAGUAGCUGUAUUAGAGUUUUUGUUAUUGAAGUUUAUAUUUAUUUAUUUUUAUGAAGACAUUUUUUAGUCAAUUUUCAAGAGGCAUUUCCUUUGCUCUUUUUUUUCUUCGAUAUUAGUUUUUCGUUCUUACUAAAGAGGAGAGGAAAUCUGCAUAUCAAAGUUGAGCCGAGUCUUCGAGCCCUGUUCCUGAGUAUUAUAUCAUCCUUUCAAAUCCUUAUAAUAUCCCUUUAAUU